CGUCGGGGCUGGCGGUCCUGGCGCCUAUCCCUAUGGCCAGGGCUCUCCUCUUUACGGGCCGUACGCCGGAGCCGCAGCGGCCGGAUCUUGCGGAGGAUUGGGAGGCCUCGGGAUGCCCGGUUCCGGCUUCCGCGCCCACGUCUACCUGUGCAACCGGCCCCUAUGGCUCAAAUUCCACCGUCACCAAACUGAGAUGAUCAUCACCAAACAGGGCAGGCGCAUGUUUCCUUUCUUGAGCUUCAACAUAAACGGACUCAAUCCCACCGCCCACUACAACGUGUUCGUGGAGGUGGUUCUGGCCGACCCUAACCACUGGCGCUUCCAAGGGGGCAAGUGGGUGACCUGUGGCAAAGCCGACAAUAACAUGCAGGGCAACAAAAUGUACGUUCACCCGGAAUCUCCUAACACUGGUUCCCACUGGAUGAGGCAGGAGAUUUCCUUUGGAAAGUUAAAACUCACUAAUAACAAAGGAGCAAGCAGCAACAAUACACAGAUGAUAGUGCUGCAGUCUUUGCACAAAUACCAACCACGACUGCACAUUGUGGAGGUGACGGAGGAUGGCGUAGAAGAUCUGAAUGAGCCUUCCAAGACCCAGACCUUCACCUUCUCAGAAACACAGUUCAUUGCCGUGACUGCCUACCAAAACACCGAUAUUACGCAGCUAAAGAUUGACCACAACCCCUUCGCCAAAGGCUUCCGGGACAACUACGAUUCCAUGUACACCGCUUCAGAAAAUGACAGGUUAACUCCAUCUCCCACGGAUUCUCCUAGAUCCCAUCAGAUUGUCCCUGGAGGUCGGUACGGCGUUCAAAACUUCUUCCCGGAGCCCUUUGUCAACACGUUACCUCAAGCCCGAUAUUAUAACGGUGAGAGAACCGUUCCACAGACCAACGGCCUCCUUUCACCCCAACAGAGCGAAGAGGUGACCAACCCUCCCCAGCGGUGGCUUGUCACACCUGUCCAGCAACCUGUGACCAACAAGCUAGACAUCAGUUCCUAUGAGUCUGAAUACACUUCCAGUACCUUGCUCCCAUAUGGUAUUAAGUCCUUGCCUCUCCAGACAUCUCAUGCCCUGGGGUAUUACCCUGACCCAACCUUCCCUGCAAUGGCAGGGUGGGGAGGCCGAGGCGCUUAUCAGAGGAAGAUGGCAGCUGGCCUACCAUGGACAUCCAGAAUGAGCCCCCCUGUGUUCCCAGAAGACCCGCUAGCCAAGGAAAAAGUCAAAGAAGAAAUUGGCUCCUCCUGGAUAGAAACCCCCCCUUCCAUCAAGUCUCUGGACUCCAACGAUUCGGGGGUGUACAGCAGCGCUUGCAAGAGGAAGCGCUUGUCUCCUACCACUUCCAGCAAUGGAAACUCGCCCCCUGUAAAGUGUGAGGACGUGAACCCUGAAGAGUACAGUAAAGACGCCUCCAAAGGCAUGGGGGCAUAUUACGCUUUCUACACAACUCCCUAAAGAGCGAUUUUAACCCCCAGUGUUUCCCAGGGGGACCUGGUGGAGUUUCUGUUGUCCUUUUCUUUACCUAGGUUACCAAAAAGGCUUUUCCCCUCCACCUUUGCCGUCUCCUGUUUUGUGCAAUUCUCUGAGAGAAGGUGCCAAAGCUUUGUCAUGACUGCAGGUAACAAACUGAAGCAAACCUAGCAUUUCUUUUUUUUUCUUAACCCUUUGUAAAAUAAAGUUAAUGGAGGACUCGAAAGUGUUUUAAAAUUCAGAGGUUGUUCAAAGUGCUGGAUUUAUUUAUGGGAAACAAACAUCCAAGAAAAGGCUGUGAAAUGCAGUGCCAGGUGCUAUCCAGUGAGUCUCAAAAGCAAAAGGCAAGCAAAAGUCUUUAGCUCUCAUUUCUACUUGUAAAUCUUUAAGCAAACAGCAGCCCAGAGUGUUAAGGUAUUUUUGCUUCAGGAAGAGAAGGGCUGAGCCUUGAGUUUCAAGUGGGCUCUUCAUGACUGUCUUCUGCCAGUGGCUGGAGAGUCUGGGCUUGAGAGUCAAGGGAGAAAAAACAAAGAGCAAAACUAACAGGAAAGUGGCUAACUAGUCUUGGCUACCUGUAGUUCCUUACAGGAUUUCGGGAUAAACCAUUUGCCAUAGGGAUGGCCCUGUGUUGCUGGGAUGACCCGUAGAAACCAGAGGGAUCAGAGAGAAAGGGAGAAUUUAAUUGUACAGUUGUGUGUUUAGGCACCGUAGAGUACUCUGGAAUAUAUUGUACAAAUUCAGCUGCCUAGGUAUCAAAGAUAAACUAAUGUAAAACUGGUGCUUAGGCUUUGUAAAGAAUUUGUAGAAACACAGCUGCAGGGUUGAGCGGAGCCUCGGUAGCUUGGCUAUUCCGUCCACUUAGUUAUGUACUUACUCAGCAGCCUCUGUACUCACUUCAACCACACUUUAGAAAAAAAAAACCUGUUUAAUCCUCUUUCCUUGGUCAUCCCUACUUUGCCCUUCAGUAAAUGUGAAGAAAUUACAGUCUGAUGCCACAGUUCCUAUAGGCUUUUUAGAGACUCUGAAUUUUUAUGUACAGUUGUAAGUCAUUUUUAAUAAAUGUGGUUCAAUGAGGGAACGGA